GCCCAGCACCGGGGCUUUGUCCUCUAUCGGAGCUUCUGACAUCACAGAUCACACCCACCGAGGAGGCAAGACCGAGGAAGCUGCUGCCUUUUCACUCUACUUCAUCCUCUACCUCGAUAGCGGUCCUUCCUCCCGGCCUCCUCCAACCAAGACCCUAGAGCAAAAAUGGAGGAUAAUCUACCAGUCAAUGUCCGGGAGUAUCAAGAACUCGCCAAGAAAGCACUACCGAAGAUGCACUAUGAUUAUAUCAAUGGGGGAGCGGAGGAUGAGUACACACUGAGGGAGAAUAUUGCAGCAUAUGGAAGAAUUCUGUUACGUCCGAGGGUUCUUAUAGAUGUCAGCAAGAUAGACAUGUCUACAACCUUGUUAGGAUAUAAUAUGCCAUCGCCAAUAAUUGUCGCUCCAACAGGAGCACACAAAUUAGCAAAUCCAGAAGGGGAGGUGGCCACAGCGAGAGCAGCAGCAGCAUGUAACACCAUAAUGGUUCUUUCCUUUGGAUCCAGCUGCAAAAUCGAGGAGGUUGCCUCCAGUUGUGACGCCAUUCGCUUUUAUCAAUUAUAUGUGUACAGGAGAAGGGAUGUUUCAGCAACAUUGGUGCGACGGGCUGAAAGUUUAGGAUUUAAGGCAAUUGUUCUGACAGUUGACACGCCUGUGCUCGGUAGGCGUGAAGCCGAUAUCAGAAACAAGAUGGUUGCUCCACGAAUGGCAAACCUUGAAGGCCUGAUGUCAUUCGAUGAUGAUAUUGACAGUAAAGGCGGCUCCAAGCUGGAAAGAUUCGCGCAUGAGACGCUGGAUCCAUCUUUGUCAUGGAAGGACGUGGAGUGGCUCAAGUCCAUAACCAGCCUGCCGAUCCUGCUCAAGGGCAUCGUCACCGCCGAGGACGCCAGGAAGGCCGUGGAGGUUGGGGCGGCCGGCGUGAUCGUGUCCAACCACGGCGCUCGGCAGCUGGACUACGCGCCGCCCACCAUCUCCGCGCUCGAAGAGGUAACGCCGCCGGCGGGCCGCAUUCAUCUCCCGAGUCCGGACUCCGGACACGCGGCCCACAUGCAAAUGCGGGGCAUGCAUGUGCAGCCCGCAGCCAGCGUGAUGAGGGCGCGGCGGCGUGCUGUUACCGCGACGUACGGUGGUGGUCGUCUGCGCGGAGCUGCCGGAACUGACAGUGGCCCGGGGUGUCGUUGCAGGUGGUUAAGGCGGUGGCGGGGGCCGUGCCGGUGCUGGUGGACGGCGGGGUCCGGCGGGGCACCGACGUGUUCAAGGCGCUGGCGCUGGGCGCCACGGCAGUCAUGGUGGGGAGGCCGGUGUUCUACGGGCUGGCGGCGCGCGGGGAGGCCGGGGCGAGGCACGUCAUCGAGAUGCUGAACCGGGAGCUGGAGCUGGCCAUGGCGCUCUGCGGCUGCCGGAGCGUCGCCGAGGUCACCAGGCGGCACGUCCUGACGGAGGGCGACCGGAUCAGGGCCCUGCUGUGAGCCUGCCUUUGACUUUAGAUAAGAUACAUGGAGACUGCCCGCCCGUCUACCUAUCUAGUGUCAGGGUUGCGAUGUGAAUGUGAGCGCACGCAUGUGACAUUGAUUGAUCGCUCCAAAAGUUAAGCCAUUGUGCAUUUCCAAUACCCAAACGAAGGUUAGCAGAAUCUGUGCUGGAUUAAGCUCUCUGUUCUGUGAGAACUUGGUCAUUGUAUCUUGGGAUCCACUUCUGGAAUAACAUGAGAACAUGGUGAGGUAAAUAAGCAACUUUCAAGCACCAAA